AUGACAGUGUCUAAAGAUAAUGUUGCCCGCGUGGGAGAAAAGACGGUUAAAGAUGGAUUUCCGAGAAUCGUUAUUAUCAUAAUACUCGCUGAAUUCUGCGAACGGUUCUCAUAUUCAGGAAUGAAAGCGUUCCUUACACUAUAUUUAAGAAGUAAGUUGGACUAUUCAGACGAAAAAGCCACAGAAAUCUAUCAUGUAUUCAGCACAUUUGUUUAUUUGUUUCCAAUUCUUGGUGGCAUUCUGGCUGACAACUACCUCGGCAAAUUUAAGACCAUUUUAUACAUGAUGUUUAUAUAUGCUGCGGGAAAUUUAUUGGUAGCUGUGACCGCGAUUCCUUUUUUGGAGAUACCGAAAAGGCUCUACACUGUUAUUGGGCUUUUUCUCAUUACUUUGGGCACAGGUGGUAUUAAGCCCUGCGUCACAGCCUUUGGAGGUGACCAAUUCGUCCUACCGCAGCAGGAGAAACAGCUGGCCCUGUACUUCAGUAUUUUAUAUUUCAAUCUAUGCACUGGAAGUUUAAUCGCCAAGACUGUGUCACCUAUAUUAAGAUCUGAAGUACAUUGCUUCGGCGAUAAAGAUUGUUAUUCGUUAGCCUUCGGAGCUCCGGGAUUAGUGGUAUUUAUUUCGAUUGUUAUAUUCGUCAGUGCUAGGAAACGUUAUGUUAUGAAGAAACCGGAGGGUGACAUGGUCAUCCGUUUCUUGAAGUGUAUUGCAUUGGGGAUUAAGAAUAAAAUAUUUGGUGGGAAACGUGAUUAUACACAUUGGUUGGAUACAACGGAAACGAAAUAUGACAAGAGGUUUAUACGAGAAGUAAAAAAAACUCUUUCGAUUCUCAUGCUCUUUAUGGCAUUACCCAUGUUUUGGGCUUUGUUAGAUCAAAUGGGUUCGAGAUGGACAUUACAGGCGACUAAAAUGGAUGGUCGCCUUGGAUUCAUUACAAUUAAGCCGGACCAAUUGCAAGUUUUCGCUCCGAUUUGCAUUCUUAUUCUUAUACCAUUAUCGCAGAAGUACAUAUAUCCGUUUUUGACUUCCCGAUCAAUGCUCACAAAUCCACUUCAUAAGCUGACGUUAGGCGGAGUCUUGGCAGCACUCGCUUUUGUUGCAUCCGGACUAGUAGAAAUUUAUAUAAAGACAACUUACCCCGUACUGCCUGAACCCGGAUUUUCACAACUACGUAUAUAUAACGGCAACCCUUGUUCAAUAUCAAUUCAAAAUGAUCAGCAAAAUAUAAUGUAUACUAUUCCAUCUCUGUCACAUUUCACUAACAAACGAAUGAAUGUGAAAAAUACGACGGAGGUUCGAUUAAGAUUUGAUGGGAGCUGCAUCGAAGCCAAAGAUGAAAUAUUUUCUUUGGAAGACAAUAUGGCUAUAUCGUUCUUUAUUGUAUCUGGCAAUAAUAUUGAAAGGUUUAAAGAGAAUGUGGAUAAAAGUAAAUCUGGUUUGCCAAUUAUAAGAUUCUUAUUGACGGAUAAUGUCCAACCAAAAAACAUCACGCUUUUUAAUGAGAAGCGAAAUGAAGUUGAGGUCUUUUUGGGGCCUGGCGUGAGCUCACAGACGGAAGUGUUCAAUGCUGAAUAUUCUAUACGAGAUGGUAAUACUAUAGUUUCAAGUGGCAUCGAACUGAACAAUGGCGGAGUUUACAAUUUGAUUAUAGACAAAGUUGGUGAUAAAUAUGAAACAAAUGUGAUAACAAUAACGCAACCCAACUCUAUAACAAUGGCGUGGUUAUUACCGCAGUUUCUAAUAAUUUCUAUAGCCGAGGUUUUGUUUGCGGUGACUGGUAAUGAGUUCGCCUUCAAAGAGUCUCCUGAGAGCAUGAAAGCAGUGAUGUCGGCGGCUUGGCUGUUGACAGAGGCUGCGGGGAACGUUAUUAUCAUUGUUGUUACAAGGGUUUUUGCUAAUUAUAAACAGGAAACUCAAUCUUUUAUAUACACCGGUUUAAUGUGUAUAUCGAUACUCAUAUUCCACGUUAUGUCAAGUGGCUACAAGUUUGGUCCCUUAGAGGAACAAGUUGGGAAGAAGGAACGAAGUAACAGCGAAGUGAAGUAUCAUCAAGUAAAAGAGGCCGAAGAAUGUUUUUAUCGUUAA